CAGCCAUCGUGGAAUGCUAAAUUUACUGCUUUAAAUAGCAAAUUAGUCGCAAUGGGGGCGAGGGUAAAUUGAAGAAUUGAGUUGCUCACAUGGGUCGAAUGUUUUGUAGUUGAAAUAUUUUUAAGCGCGGUGGGGAUUGGGAUAUUUCCCUGCGCAAUGUGCACUCCUUAAUUUAGAACAAACCAACUUAUGUAGGUGCUAUUUGUUCCCUAGUCUUUCCUGUUUCCUUGUUGAGUUGUCAAUUUUGUUUAGCUAGUAGCAAUAGUCUAAGUCAAGUCAAAGUCACUUUGUUUGAUAAACUUCUAUCUGCAAGUAAACAUUGAUCGAUCUGACUGACGACACCAAAGUGCUUCUUACUUAUGCUUCGUUGGUUGGAGACUGUCUAGCUAGUAACUCCUUUCUCUUGUCUUGUCUAUCGAUUCGAUCUUUAUUUCUCUUUUCUUUGCUUCUAUCCCCGAAUUUUGAGCUCGCUUCACUGGGUACGACCCACUGAGUUCAUACUCUUUGAUUUGAUUUUCAAAACCACAGGUUCAAAUGCAUAUGAAUUAGUUGUUAUAUUGUUUUGUUAUGCGGAAAGAUUAAUUUCGACUCUUGUAAAUGUCAAAUGGCUUAGCUAGAUCAAAACUGUAUUUCUAAUAAUCAUAAUGUCAACCACCUACAUCUUCUGGCUCGGAUAUUUUAACAAGUCAUCCAGUUUGAUGCUGUUGCUGCUGUGUGUGUGACGAGUUAGCAAUUGAAGACUGUUGAUAUUAUUACCAUCUAAAACUCGCUGAAGAGUUUCGGGAGCGGGAUCUGGAAAGAGGGUCAAGCAUCUGGUGGCUCUGAAAGGAAAACAAAUUGGAAAUUCAUAUCAACGAGCUGGUUUUAUUAGAACAACGCAUAUUACAUUAUCGUUUGCUUCCAUUUUCGGCAACAACAUAGCUCGUUAUUCCGAUAUUGUUACCACUAUUAUCAAACGUUUUUGCAACCUACUGUUGCUUAUUUGUUAGAGCACACUCUUGUAAAGUUAGAACCUAAUCAUAAAUGAACCAAUGAACAGAUUCAAUUUCGUGCAAUCAACUUAGUAAUUUAUUUAGUUUCGUUACCUUAACAUUUAUUUUAAAAACACUGCAAUAGAUCACAUCAGUCGAUAGAUCAACAUUUCUGUCAAUCUAGUUUUAGUAGCUUUCGAACCGUUUAUUCUUACUACUACCUGUUCUUUCUUCCAUCAUCUAAGGCCAGUCGAGUCAUUUUGAGAUAGGUUUCGACAUCUUUCCUGCUUUGCGGUUGAACAAGUGCAUAUUGGCAUAUUGCGGACUUAACACUGACACAUGCAGUCUUACGUGAACGCAGUGCGUGACGGAGAUGAUCACGCACGCUCUAACGGGGGCAUCCACACUAAGAUGCGUGCAAAUGGGAGUGGGGACUCCAACUGUUCACACCUGUUUUCUCCCUCACACGAGGAUAGUGUGGAGCAUGAACAAGGCAGUGAGCAGCAUCAACACGACACAUCAGCUGAAUCAAUAGGAGCCUCAUCUCUCACCUUGUCAUUGUCCUUGUCCUCCACACUUGGCAGCUUAUCAGGUGUGGCAUUGUCGGCUUCUCAUCCAUCAGAAGCUCCUCUCUCAUCUAAUCUGGACGAUGUGGAGUCCUCACUCCUCUCUUCCUCUACUUCAAAUGACAGCAGUCUGAACAAGUCGCAUGAAUCCACUGACGCAAUGCCAAGCGAUGGUGGCAACAGACUGGUUCGAACUGGAGAGCACACUUAUCGAAUCCCUGAUGGGGAAAAGUGCACGGUUAAAGUAGGUGACAAAAUCAGAAUCAUACACGGGCCGGCCAUCCUUAACUUCGCGUCUUCUGACGGACUCAUGACCAGUGUAAUGGGCGAUGUUCCAAAAAUAUCUGCAUCUACAGCCGCUUCCUGUAACAUUCCUACGGCACGAGGGGCAAAGCCGACUACCACGUACGAGAUACGGGACAAGGCGUCUCUUCUGGUACCUUCAUUGAGCUCCUCUCCCUCGAAGAGUGAUCACGCGGAGGAGGAGGAAGGAGUAAUUGAAGGGGAGUUGAGAGUGUUCACGGAAGAAGGAAAUGACAAGCGAGACCACAAGAGGAGAGCGUCCGAUUUGAGUGAGAGAGCGCCAGACGGAUCACCCUCGGGAAUGGGAGACUACAAUCCUUGGAAACGAGGAAAAACAAAAGAAGAGGCAAGCGAUAAUGGGAAUGACAGUGGAUUGUUCAUAUGUGAGCCAGACAGCAGAGACCAACACCAUCAGACAAACUCGGAGGAAGAAGUAAUCAUUCUUGGGGAUUCCAAACAGCAUUCGUCAUCGGGCGACACUUCCUGUAUGUUACACGUGGACACUCGUCAUAAUCAUGCGUCCAACGGCACUACUAGAAGGACAGGGAGCCGACAGGUGUCUCCUUGUAGCGAGAAGUCACACGACUCAUCAUACAGUAGCCGCGGAAGUCCGGGUCCUCAUUCACCGACCAGCGACCAUCAUAGGCACUGCUCAUCAAUGUCAUCUCCCCUCUGCGACGACAGUGGAAUCGUGUCCAAUGGGGCUCUCUCAGCCACUGGUGGGUCCCGAAGGGCAAAGAGAAAAGUCAAAUUGGUACCCUAUCAGGAACCAACUGGUGCCGACUAUGUUGAAAGAGUGAAGACUGCUCUUUCGUCAGUUGGUGCUCCACGGGUGGUGGAGAUCGAGGCAACAAGAGCCAAAGUGAUAUGGGACAGUUGCAAUCCCACUACAUUCCCCCCUAACUCGCUGACGUCAUCCGGAGGUAGUAUUGUUGAUAGAGUGGUCUAUGUGAUCAGCUGGGGAGAAAAAGAGACAAACAAACGCACCCAAAUAACAUGUGGAAAUGUGUGCAACUGUCUUCUCGAGCCCCUCUCGCCCCUGCACGACUACGAAGUGUCUCUGCAGGCCACUGUGGACGAGGUCAGAGGUCACUACAGUGCUCUUAUCUCCUUCACCUCCAAGGGACUCCCACCCGAUAGACCAUCGCCCCCUGUGUUGAAGACAGCAGCACGCAACUCACUAGUGGUGGGAUGGCAGCCUCCUAAUAGUGAUAAUGGAUCCAAGAUCACCACAUACAAACUUUUCGCAGUGCAUGAGAGCAAACAGUUGGACUUGAGUGGGCUGGAUGUGUGGAAGGUGACCAUGGCUCCAGCAGCUGGCAGUGCUACAGGUGGUCCAGAUGGUAACAGUUAUGUGGAGGGUGUAGUUGGAGUGGAUGAGAGGCUGAAGUAUGAGGGUUGUCAGCGGAGUGCGAAACUGGACCACUUGCAGCCCAACACCGAGUACAGACUGAGACUGGUCGCAUGCAACAAACAUGGAUCGAGCGUGCCCAGUUCAGAAGUGAUCUUGCGCACUCUGCCCGUGCAGCCUCCGCAGCCAGACCCACCCUCUCUGGUGUAUAGAGACACGCAUACGAUCAGACUGAACUGGAGUGUGUAUCUGAACAAACACCUGAAGACACUGGCCAGACAGCAUAUAGACUUCACGCUGCAGAUGGAAGACCAGCAGAACAAGCAGCACGGCUUCAUCACCAAGUACUGCGGGCCAGACACAUGCUACACUCUCACUAAUUUACCCAGAAGUUCCAGCUUUGCAUUCAAGUUGUUCGCGGAGACUGCUGCCUCGAGUGUGCGUAGUGUGUCAAGUGAGGUGGCCACUUUCUGCACUUUAAACAGUGUGCCUCGUGCACCCACCGGACUCAAGUGUGUGGAUGUGACAUCGAAUAAGUGCUCCUUGGAGUGGGACCGAAUAGUCGACGAAGACGAGAAGCCGAGUGACGACGGGGGAAGUGCCGUGGUGGAGUACAUCGUGGAGAGAAGUAUCUCGGGGGGUCUGUUUCAGGAGAUCUACCACGGGGACGAUGUCACUCUCCCCAUCUCCUCCCUCUUCCCAGGCAUGGAAUACCACUUCAGAGUUGCAGCUGUCAACUCGGUCGGAAAGGGAAAGUUCUCGACAUCCUGUCUCUGCUACACGCACCCAGUCAUCCCCAACCAGUGCAAUCCACCAGUGGUCAACGGCAGAAUCAAACCCCAGAAUGUUCAUCUCUCCUGGACUCCCCCGGACUAUGACGGGGGCUCCCCUAUCAUGCAGUACGCAGUCAAACAAAUAGCGAACCUGGACAAGCCGGAGACUGGAGUGGAGAUUAGCAGGGACUUCAGCUUCGAGGUGCUGGUCUGUGAACUGAACCCGGGCAGUGUGUACGGAUUCAGUGUCUGUGCCAUCAAUUCAGUCGGGGCUGGUCCCUGGUCUGUUCCUGCAAAAAUCAGAACUGCGUCCGACAAACCAUCCGCACCGGAGCCACCCAGAGUCGUCUUCAAGUCAGCAACCCAUGCCAAAGUGUCGUGGACUGUGCCAAAGCAUUCGAACGGGAGCAAAAUCACCGAGUACAGACUGGAAGGCUGUGAGACAAAACGAACAUCGUCAUCUCAUGUCAAGUUUGAAGUGUGCAGUGCAAUCACCGGCUCUAAGUCUCCUCUUUCGGAAGAGGUGGCGGCUGCUGCAUCCCUUUCUAAUCUUCACAUGUCAUCCGCAUCAUCAUCCAGCAAUAAGGCAACAGGCGGUACUGGAGAGGGCCAUCAGUCAAUGAACUACCGUAAUCACGCUUCCACCUCCCGGUAUGGGGCUGCAUACGGAGGGGCCAAGGAGGACAACACACGCCAAAGACACUCGGCCGCCACAGCAGCUUCCAAAAAUAACAAUAACAAUCAAAACAGCAACUCAAAUAAUAAUGGAGGGAACUCUCCUACAUUCUAUCUUCUGUACAAUGGGACAAAGCUCUCGUUCGACUACACAAACAUGAAGCCGGCCACCAAGUACGCGUUCAGAGUGCAGGCUGUUAACGAGAUAGGUGCCAGUGUGUUCAGCAAGGAGACUGAGAUCGAGUCCCCGAUUAGUCAGCCAAACAUUGUGGAGAAGAUAUUUGCAGAUAAAGGUGCAGACUGGAUAUCGGUUAGGUGGCAUGAGCCAGAGUGCAAUGGGGCCCAGAUUCUCUCCUACAACAUAGAGUGUGCGAGACUCAAGUCCAGCUAUUACGCCUCCUCCUCCUCCUCCGGUGCAGCCUCCUCCCUCUCUCUCCACUCGCCCAAGAGGACGAUCCCAGUCGUCAUCGGAGACAAGAACCAGCUGCAGUUCCCAGACGAAAAAGUGGCUCACAUUCAUAGGUACAUGUGCGAGGACACUUGUUUCACGAUGAGGAACUUGAAGAGUGACUGUGAAUACUUUGUAAGAGUGCAAGCAACGAAUGAGAGGGGAGACAGUGAGUUCAGCACUCCAAUCAGUGUACACACUCUCAGUGUGCCUCCGGACCCACCCCAGCUGGAAUGUGUGAAUGCCACUAGUAGUAGUUUGAAGCUGAGGUGGACUGAUCUGUCGAACAGUUGCAGCAAGGAUCUCAAGUACCACUUGCAGAUGGAAGACAAAGCAGCCAGAUUCGUGACUACGUUCUCGGGUGCUGCAGUAUCUUACAAAGUGAUCAAGUUGCAGGAGCAGACGUCCUACACAUUCCGCAUCAACGCCUCCAAUGACGCCGGCUCGGGCCCCUUCUCAUCUCUCUACAGUUUCACCACCACCAAGAGUCCACCACCGCCCAUCAAAGCUCCGAAAAUGAGAGUGUGUCGGGAGAGCAAUUGUGCGGAGGUGAGUUGGGUGGCAGUGGUUUCCUCUUACACGGAGGACAAAGUGCUCUACCAGCUCAUGGUCGCAUUCGCUCCCAACAGCACCGAGUUCCUACAGGCAUACAAAGGAGAAGAGACGUUCUUGGAUAUGGACCAGAUAGUAAUGCUAGCUACCUCCAGGGGAGCAACGAUCGCGGCCAAUUCUGGAAAGAACAGUAAUGGAAGUGUUUUGGAUAUGAGACUGAAAGUGUGUGCUAUUAGACACAGCGUUGAGGACGACCAGAUGAUUUAUGGACAGUACAGUCCCAUGUCCAGUUUCCUAUACUCUCUUGACAAUCAUAAUAACACAUCUGCUAAUGGAGUAUCGAGCACAAACUCCGGUGGAUCCUCCAGUGUAGUUGCUAGGUCUGGCCUGGCCAGUUUGUCUCUAAGGUCAAGUAGUGGAUCAACGUCCAACUCCUCGAAUCGUCGGGACCGGGACAACGCAAACUGGAUUGAGCUGGACCAAAGCGAUAGCUAUACUGGUAAUGGCAAUAAUAGUUCUAUUCAAGUUACAGCUACAGGAGCUAGCAGUAACAAUGAGAAACGCAAAUCCAAGUCGAAUAAUGGGAGCAUUUCUGUGAGUUAUUCGGAAGGAAAAGCCUGCGAGACAGAUGAAAGUAGUCGUGAGUGUGGAAUGUUCCUUCGUGCUUUAUGUGUUGCGAGGACGAGUAUCCGUGAGUUCCAGCCGACUGACAAGCAAAUAGCUGUCAUGGUUCUAACUGUGUUCGUUCUUCUGGUGGCACUACUCACACUAUACGUACAACACAUGUUUGUGUAAAACGGAAAAGAAGCAGAAACUGCUGUAACAAAGAAAUUGAAUAUAAACAAUUUAUUUUCAUUUUGAGUCCAACUGCAGCAAUUUUAAGAGGGAAGAGCUGAAAAGAGACGCUGUAGAAGCGUUGAUUGAAUUGCUGAGCAGUGAAAUCAAAAUAGGAGACUGAAAAGCGUCAAAUGUUUCACUACAUGAUUAUAUUUUCAGUUUUCAGUAACUUGUCAAUCUUUGAAUUAUUUCGAUGGUCCAAGUAAGCUGGGAUUGGAGCUAUUUGCAACCAUCAUUGGCCAAACCGAAAGCGCGAAAUACUAUUUUGAUAGCAAUGUUGAAUGUUAAGGUUUGCUAGCUAUGAAAAUAUUUAUUUUCUGGUUUUAAAUGUUGAACUGAACGAAACAAGGAGCUAUUAGUCUUUCAGAGGAAGUCUCAUAGGAAAUUAAGAUUGUAAAAUAGCUAAUUGAAUU